AUACACUCUUACACUUUUUCAAUAAAGCAAAAUAAAACGAAUUUUGUAUGUUAAAAACCAAUUGAAGGAAAAGUAAAAUGAACGAGAAAAAAAACGUGGAUAAACAUUUGCAAAAAUAUAGAACGGCUUGGGAGAAAGACCCUAUAUUUAUGAAAUGGCUGCGCCCUACAAAGGAUACGACAAAAGCUGCUUGCCUAUACUGCAGGACAGAAAUUCUGGCACGGUAUAACGAUUUGGUAAGACACUCCCGUACCAAGAAGCACACGAAACUAUUGCAACCUUUUGGUGGAGUGAAUGUAAAGCAGACGGAAAUAUCGUUUAUUCCAAAAGAAGCAAGUGAGAUGCAAAAGGCUCAAGGAAGACGUUCCCUUUAUGUUGCUGUACAUUCGUCAUUUCUGGCCGUGAAUCAUUUGGCAGAAGUUUGCAAAUUGGAGUUCGCUGACAGCAAAGCAGCAAACUUUUCGCUGCAUCGCACGCAUGUGCAAAUAUAGUUAAUAAUAUCCUGGCUCCCCAUUUUAUCGAUAAUUUAUUACGUGAUAUAAAGGAUGUUUCAUAUAGCCUAAUUUUGGAUGAAGGGACCGAUAUUUCUACAGAAAAACUGUUGGGCGUCAUUAUACGCUAUUACAGUUAUGCCAGAAAACAGUUCGUGACAACAUUUCUUGGUCUGAUUGAUUUAGCUGCAGGAAAUGCAGAUUCAAUAUUGGAAGGUCUGGAGCGCCUAAUGAAUAAAUUUAACAUUAAUUUGGAAAAACUGAUUGCAAUUGGUACCGACAAUGCGUCAAACAUGACGGGAGUGCACAAUGGUUUGUACCAAAAACUUAAAAACAAAUAUGGUUUAGAAAAUUUAGUAUUGGUUCGUUGUGUGUGUCAUUCCCUACAAUUAGCUGUAUGCGCCGCA